AUGGCUCGCGUUGUUGCCGGCAUGAGAUCGAGACAUUGGCCGCCAAUCGGCCCUGCUGGGCCCCGCCUGGAUAUUCCCCGACCUUUCAAGGUCUCCCUUCUUCAUCUGCAAGCCUCGAGCUUGUCUCUCCAUCCCUCCGCCACAGUGGUACGAUCGUACAACUUCAUCCCCUGUACCGUCACUAUGGAUGCCAAAUCGCUGCAACAAGCACGUGGGACGCCGCCUCCCGAAGAGCGUCGUCCCCUUCUCGGUGCCGAUGGUGAGGUUGUACAGUAUGAAGUGGACGACGACAUAAAGGGUAGGUCCCAACAACCAGCAUCACGAUGGAUAUUGGUUUGGGCCAAGUCAAUCUUUAUCACGGCCAUCCUCUUGAUUAUGUGUAUACUGCUGGUCCUGUCCUUGCUCUUUCUGGGCCUAGGUAUCUCUGGCCUCCCCCAUGGCCCGUCCGAGAAACCAUCGUCUCCACACGCUCCUAUCAAGAAUGUGGUGGUACUCGUUCAAGAAAAUCUCUCAUUUGACACCUACGCGGGAGGCCUGACAUACAACUCUACAAUUGACGGCCUCGUGAAUAGAAAGUAUUGCAACCCUUCCGAUAUAGAAGAUCAUAAAUCGCACCAAGUCUGUGCCAAACCUACCGCCAAGAAUGUCGCCCCCGAUGAUCCCGACCAUUCCAUCGCGGGUGGAUCAAUGCAGAUCUACAGCACUUAUCAUCCGGAUAACAUCAGUAGUGCUUCCAUGCAAGGAUUUGUGACAGAACAGGUCCGCUCAUACGGCAUCGACGGCGACCUCUCCCGCGCGGCCGAAGUCGUCAACUACUACACCCCGGACCAUGUCCCUGUCCUCAAUGCUAUGGCAGAGAACUUUGUACUGUUUGAUGCCUGGUUUGCUGCAGUUCCGGGUCCUACUAAUCCCAACCGCGCCUACUUGACGUCUGGAACUAGCUAUGGGCAUGGAAUGAACGACAUUGGCUUUUUGACCUCGGCUCUGCCUCAGGUGUCAAUAUUCGAACAGUUGUCCAACGCUAACAUCAGCUGGAUCAAUUAUUCCAACACGACUGGCUUCCUCCCCGAUGCACUGUUCUAUAAGUGGACUCUGAGGACCGGAAAGUCCGAGACACACAUCAAGCCCAUCGACGAGUUCUACCGCGACGCCAAGGCAGGCACCCUUCCACAGUUUACCUGGAUCAAUCCUGAAUGCUGCAAGUACAUGUCAUUCCAUCCUCCGUCCCCUAUAAAUAUGGGCGAGGGAUUUAUCAAGAGUAUCUACGAGGCGCUUCGAUCCUCACCGCAGUGGAACGAGACCCUCUUCAUCCUGACCUUUGACGAACACGGAGGUUUCGCGGACCACGUCUCCCCGCCUGAGAACGUGCCCCCUGGUGACCAUCGUACUCAUAAAGAGUGGGCUCUAGACGGAAGCAGGAUUGAGUUCAAGUUCGAUCGACUGGGAAUACGCGUCCCCACGCUGCUGAUGUCUCCCUGGGUUGGGAAGGGUGUUGUACAGAAUCGCCCCAUAAAUCAGCCAAACGAUUUCACUCAUACUUCGAUUUUAAAGUAUCUCUCUGAGCUGUGGGAUUUGCCUGUAUUGACGCCGAGAGUUGCCUGGUCGCCGAGUUUCGGGGGCUUGAUCACCAACAGGUAUCGGGAAGAUACCCCUGAGAAACUUCCUGAGCCUGCUGACUUCUAG